AUGGAGGGAGAUGAAGAUUGGGCCCCGACUUUUUGUAUCGGCCAAUAUGAAACUCGGCGCACUGUACCGGUUUCUCCUCAACUGGUCCAGCUAGCGCAAGAGGGGGAUUAUGAUAUGCUCACCACGCCUAUUACAACGCCGCUCUUUCAUUCUCGAGUUCUCACACUGCUUUCUACUCAUCUUUCCGACUCAAAACCACCGGUUUAUGAUGCUACCAUAACCCUAGGGACGUCACAUAACACCCACCCUGUGACAGUCCCUCCCCUUUCACCUGAUGAUACCUUUUUGACACCGAAUGAAUGUACAAGCCAGUUGGUUGGAAUUACGAGUCCAUGGAUAGAUCUAUGUUCGCCGGAUCCUCUAAUAGCAGAUAUAUCCCGCCAGGUAUUGGAUCUAGAGGUUUCCUACGCUGCAUUCUGCGGUGUCAGCUUCAUAAUCGUCCCAGGCCCCCGGCUUUGUCAUGGAAACCUGCAUGGAGAAGGUCUAAUAUAUUUUGGUCGUGCAAUUCAGGAUAUUUUGAAUGUUGGACUAUAUAUCCAGGUUCAUAUCUGGUUAAAUAUGAUAGAUACUCCAGAGCUGGAAACUAAUGAUAUUGGUGACCUCGCACCGUUUGCUAGAGCGGAAUACCUUACACCAGCAGUUGGGCCAUCUCUAAAGGCGGAUUUAUUCGGUACGUGGGAAGCUUGGGAUGUAAUCAGGAAGCUGUGUAAAUACCAGCCAAGACUUUUUGUAGCGUUAUCGUUACCAAAACAAUUGCCACCCAUGUCUGUUCAGUUACGAUGGCAAUCUGAACCCGUUCAUAUCCUUACAAUCGCUGGCUCAUCGUUCAUCAAGAAUCAGAAAGGGUACCCUGUGUUAUCAAAGACUCACCAAGCCCUGAUUGCUCGCAUGAUGCGACUUCGUAAUCCUCCUUGGAUCAUUCUCUGCGACGUUGGCCCGAUUGCUGGAUAUGAGGUCAGCCAAUCGGGAUCUGAAACAGACCCUACUCCGAGGAUCAGUCCAGAAAGUGAUUCAAAUAGUGCCGCUCCCACGCCUGCUGAAAUGCACCACAAGUUAAAGUCUGGCUCAAAUAAAAAGAACCUUGACCCAACUCCGCACCUGUCCUACAUCAGGAACCUUCAACAGAAACAACCCAGUCGGACUCCCAUGGAACGAUUUGGGGUGGGAUAUCAAGAUUAUCUGCAGGCCCCAUUACAGCCACUGACCGUUAACCUUGAGAGUAUAACAUACGAAGUGUUUGAGAAGGAUCCCAUUAAAUAUGAGUGGUAUGAGCGCGCAAUUGCCAAAGCCUUGAAAGAUUGGGCAGCACAGGGGAAACCAACUUGCCAUCCCGAAGGACAUGUGGUGUUGGCCGUAGUUGGUGCUGGUCGAGGUCCAUUGGUAACCCGAGCAAUCCGUGCAAGCGUGGAAGCCGGCGUUGCUAUUGAAGUUUGGGCUGUGGAGAAAAACCCCAACGCUUACGUGCUGUUACAGAGGCACAACUCCAGUCUAUGGGGUGGCUGUGUGAAAUUGGUAAAAUCUGAUAUGCGCAGUUGGAAAGGUCCUCACCGUUUAGCCCCUGAGUCUGGCUCGGGAGAAGAACAGAAAAUUAUUCAUACGCCAAUUGAUAUAUUAGUUUCUGAGCUGCUGGGCUCAUUCGGAGACAACGAGCUGUCCCCCGAGUGCUUGGACGGCGUUACCCACCUUCUCAACCCAGUCCAUGGGAUUUCGAUCCCAGCAUCAUACUCCGCGCACCUAUCACCAAUUUCAUCCCCGCGGCUCCAUGCAGAUAUUGCGGCUCAAACGAUAACGAACCCAACCGCACCAGAGACACCGUAUGUCGUAAUGUUACAUGCAUUUGAUUUCCUCUCCACAAUCCAGCCGUCAACAACCGCACCCAUCGCAACAGCGGGUAGACAAACUGACAAAAACCCGUCCCCUCCCACCAAUGACCCAUUAACCCCGAUAAUUCAAUCCGCAUGGUCCUUCUCACAUCCGAAUCGCAACAUCCCCCCACACUCAUCGAUGCCAUCCACAAUUUUAAACUCCCACAACGUGCGACGAACCAGAUUGGCAUUCCCAUGUCGAGAACGUGGCACAUGUCACGGGCUAGCUGGCUACUUCGAAACGGUGCUGUAUGAUGAUGUCGAGCUAUCGACGAAUCCCGUCACGAUGGAUGAGAAGAGUCCUGGCAUGAUCAGUUGGUUUCCAAUAUAUUUUCCGCUUAAGACCCCCCUCAUCGUCCCCCCCAACUCAGAAAUCAUCGUGACGAUGUACCGCCAAACUGACAACCGCAAGGUCUGGUACGAGUGGAUCGUCGAGGUGUUUGCAUGGGAUACAUCAUUAACAACGACUGCUACUAGUAUCACUAGUGUCGCAUUGUCGCCACCAUCUACAUCUUCCUCACUGGAGGCGAAGGAUAACGAGAAUCGGAGGGAUUCAGAAGCCGCUCCUGUGAGCCCAAUGAAGAGAGUACGGGUGGCGAUGAGUGAGCUGCAUUCAAGUAUCAAGGACGGAUGCCUAAUGUGA